AUGGCCGCAUACACAAGUGGCGCCAGCUGGUCGUUCGACAAUAUCCUAGGCUCAUUUGAGUCCGACAUACCACCCACAACGAGCAAUACCACAGCGAGUGACACCACAGCGAACGACACAGCAGACAGUACUGCCCCUCCUCCACCGGGAGAGCCGCAGCCAAAGCGAAGACGCACACACUAUGCUCCGCGAAAGUGUCGGAUAUGCCUCGAGGAGGUCAACGCUACGUUCCCCGACGUCUCCGACUCUGCAUUGCCCGCCUCGAUGCAGUCUGCACCGCGCCCAGUUUACGAGAGCGAAGAAGGCGGACGCUUACUAAGUCCUUGCAAAUGCAAAGGCAGUCAAAAGUACGUCCAUGAGGAGUGCCUGGGGGCCUGGCGUCGAGCAGAUCCAACACAGAAAAGGAACUACUGGGAGUGCCCAACCUGUCGAUAUCGCUACAACAUACAACGCUUGAAUUGGUCGGCAUGGAUCAGCAGCACCACCGCGCAGCUGGCUCUCACCAUCUUCAUCUUCGUCGUCUCCACCUUCAUCCUGGGCUUUUUCGCCGAUCCGAUCAUCAAUCUGUACCUCGCGCCAGUCGAUACAAUUGUAUCCGGAGACAUUGUCCCGACCAUCGAGCCCACCACUUGGGCUGAACACAUGGCCAAAGGUUUUGCUUCCCUCGGGCUGCUUGGCUUUGCCAAGUAUAUGCUGAGCUCACCCUUUCAGUGGUUCAGAUUUGGUGGCGGAAACAGAUAUGGUCGCAACACAGCUGGUAGUGGCAGGGAUCGGCUGCAGCAAAUCAGCUGGAUCACCUUGGCCAUCGGCAUUUCGACCAUCGCUUAUGCUGUGUGGAAGGGCGUCCGGGCAUGGAGUCGCCGAAAGCUUCGGCAGGCUGGCGAGCGUGUUAUGGAUGUGCCUGGAGCUGAGGACGAUGAUGACGAAGACUGA